GCGCGGACAUAUCGAUAAAUUCCAACAGGUGCAUCUCUACUGUGACUUGUCUAUGUUUAGAGUAAUGUAUUCGAUUUCAGUAAAGUAAGUUCGUUUUAAUUUUUUUCAUAAUAACUUGAUGUUUUUAUUUAAAACUGUGAUCAGAAACGUAUUAGAAGUGAAAACUAAAGUUAUUUUAAUAGAUCGUGUUACUUAAAUUUUUAAAACUACUGUCAUUAAUUCAAUAAAGAGUGGAACAACCUUUAAUUAGUACUGGCUGUGGCUAUAAACAAACAUCUGUAGAUGUGUGCUGGUGCUUACACUUGUUGCACCCACUUUCAAAAAUAUAGAGAUUCAGUUUACCUGUUUGUGAGAAAGUGAACUUAUCAUUAACAUGUCAUAGAAUUCAUUUUGUGACCAUUUACCGUUACGGCAGUCUAGUGAAUGUGAGAAAUGUGAUACGAUAUUGUUAUCGUGGAUGUUCGUUACGAUGCACCUGUCUGCACUACAUAACGUUGCAUUGAGCCAAGUGCAUAGCGUUUGUUAACAAUCUGCCUGACGGAUACUAAUUAAAAUCCAGUUAUUUGUUACGUAGAUAACUAUGGCGCAGGUAAAAAAAUACACGAAUCGACAAGUCAGUGAGGAGUCGGUCCCAAAAUGACUCAUACGAAUGAUCGCUGGCAUUCCUGUAUUGUUUUGUUUUUAAAAGAUGCCAUAUCGAUGAGUAAAUUGCGGAGGGCACUAACAAAAAAAGAAGGAUUUAUCUAUCUGUGAAGAUAAGGAAAACAAGCUGUGUUCUUUAUUUGAAUUUUAAGAAGUUUAGUGUCUUGUGUUUACGAUUGGCGCGAACUCUCAGUGUUAUGAGUAAAAUUGAAGUGUUUUGUGGAAAAUGUGUUAAAAAUUGUGUAGUGUUUUAAACAUUUGCAAUGGCUCAGAGUUCUGUGGACUCGGACAGACUGUCCUCAGCUGGGAUUUCGACCCAUAGCUCAGGAACUGCAGGCACUGUUGGUGGCUCUGUAGUUGGAGUCAGACCAGGGGAUGCAGUGCUUAAAAGGGAGGAUGAGGAUGAAUAUAACCUUGGACCACUGCCUCCAAUGUGGGAAAAGGCAUUCACACCAUCAGGAGAGGUUUAUUUUAUUGACCACAACACAGGCACAUCGCACUGGUUGGACCCUAGACUAGCAAGAGUCCGGAAACAUUCCCUCGGUGAAUGUGGUGAAGAUGAACUGCCAUUUGGCUGGGAGAGAGUGACGGAUGAACGAUACGGUUCUUAUUACGUAGACCAUAUUAAUAGAAGAACACAGUAUGAAAAUCCUGUGCUGCAGGCUAGAAGAUUGAGAGCGGAGAAAUUGUCAUCGGAGAAUGGGGGCACCGGCCCAUCUAACGGGCCAACGCCCACAGGAGAGCUUCGGGGCGAGAGGUUCACUCUCACUCUUACUAAAGGCACUCAGGGUUUAGGCUUCACGCUGAUUGGAGCUGAAGGUAUACCUGAAACGGAGGGCUACCUUCAAAUCCGUAGCAUCGUGCCCCAUAGCCCGGCUUGGAUUGAUGGAGCCCUUCGUCCAGGAGACGUGGUGGUCGGAGUAGGCAACCGAGGAGUGCGAGGCCUCUCCCACGCGCAUGUCGCUCAAAUCUUCCAGUCUAUCACACCUGGAACUGAGGUCACACUGCAUCUUGUUAGAGGUUACCCCCUGUCCUUCGACUCGGAAGACCCGAACACUCGCGUGCUGAGUACGCUGGCAGUGGACGCGACCACUCCCGCCACCUCCGACGCCGUCGCCAUGCAACAACUCACCAGGGCGCUGCGGACCAGAUCUACGCACAAUUCUAGGUUCAACUUGGACUCGCCCAACCACGAGUCGUCGAACCAGGGGAGGGACAAAGUGGACGGUCCCCCUCCACACAGUCCAGGCCAGAGGCGGAUGAUGUCCAGGUCGUUUGACCUGGAUGAACUGACCAUACAUGAUGACAAUCAGGAGCUGCCUCGGUGUCCAUCCCUUGAUCAUGUACUGUCUUUGGCUGGUGAACACCAGUCGCGAGCGGACAGCAGUUCGUCCGCGGAGCCGGGCCGGGAGCUGGUGCUGACGCUGCGGCGGGGAGCCGCCGGCUUCGGGUUCACUAUCGCUGACAGCGUACACGGACAGAAGGUCAAAAAGGUUUUGGACCGCAGUAGGUGUGCAGGUUUACGGGAAGGCGACUUACUGCUGCAGAUUGGAGACACAGACGUCAGACACGCGCCACACCAACAUGUUGUACAGGUGCUGAAGGAGUGCCCCGCGCUGCACGAGAGUCGGGUGGUGGUGUGGCGCCGCGCACAGACCCGACACCCGCGGUCGCGCUCCGCCACCAGGCACCAACCUAUACCCGCAACAAACAACAACGUGAUUAGAAGUAAGACGCCCACGGCAGAACAGCUGCGGUCACCAAACCUUCACACUCAGGACUCGUUGAGGGACAGACUUAACGGCAUGAAUUCUGAAGCGACAUACGCAGUGCCCGAACACAAAAACCGUGAACGAGAAAGCCUUAUAGACCGCAGACGUAGAAGCAGCACUCCCGGAGGACGUCUCACUCUCCCAGUAGUCACUCCUUGGAACGAAACUCAACCAGACAACCAAUGGCAAGAACGAGAAACAUGGGUCGACAACUCUAACAUCAGAAACUGGGCGGAAAACGCCCAGAAAUGGGAUGAAAACGGCCAAAAAUGGGACGAAAAUGGACAAAAAUGGGAACAGAAUGGACAAAAAUGGGAUGAGAAUGGACAAAAAUGGGAUGAGAAUGGACAAAAAUGGGUAGAGAACGGUCAGAAGUGGGUUGAGAAUGGACAGAAGUGGGUGGAGAAUGGACAGAAAUGGGAUGAGGGUACAAAUGGCAAUCGGUGGGAGAAUAAUGAGAGGUGGGGGAAUGGGAACUGGGGGGAGGUGCCCACUCCCACCGUGCAUGUCGACAUGAAUGCUGCCUACUGGAGGGGAAACGCCAGCGUCGCUGAUAGCAGUGACAAUGGAGGGUUCCCGGAAGAUGGUAUGCUGCAUUCGCCAACGACUGCGGCCAUCGGAGGUCUGACUAGACAGUCACCUUCAAACACUAGGAUACGACCGCUUUCUCCUUCUAACUCAACUGGUCGUCUCCGCAGCCAGUCCCCGUCGGCCACGAGCGCAACAGACCGCCUCCUGUCGCAGUCCCCAUCCACUCGCCUGCAGAGCCAGUCGCCUUCCAACAACUCUUCCAACAGCAGGAUCAAGUCAUCUCCGCUCAGGUUACGCGAAUCGUCUCCAUCCCGCCACAUGCACUCCCCCGUGUCGCGACAGUCGCCAUCUUGCUACGAGAACGAUGCGCAACCCAACACUCUGUACGUCGCUAACUACCCACAGGUGGAGGCGGGCGGCGGCGUGUCGGACCCGGCGGCGGACGUACUGGUCCGCCUGGCGCGGGCCGCGGCCGGCUUCGGCUUCCGCAUCGUCGGCGGCACCGAGGACGGCAGCCGGGUCGCCGUCGGGUACGUCGUGCCCGGCGGUCCAGCGGACGGUCUGCUGCGGCCGGGCGACCUGCUGACGUCGGUGGACGGCGUGUCCCUGGCCGGGGCCACCCACUCCCGCGCCGUGUCAUACGUCUGCCAGGCCGCCGCUAGGGGACACGUAACUCUGGGAGUAAGACACAACCGCGCCGACAUCCAGCCACUCGGCCUGCCGACUAUGGUGGCGCCGCAUCCGCACCAACCUUUACUAACCGCGGAGCCGGCCAUGCACCACGGCAUGCCCCCGGGCUCCUACAACAUAUUGCACCCGGCGCCCAUGUACCCAGCUCCGGCACAUGCACCUAUGUACGGCGUACAAUAUGACACGACGGCCGGGGGAUGGUCACCCGUGCCGUAUGACGUCACAGUCACUAGGAACGAGGGAGAGGGAUUCGGUUUCGUGGUCAUCUCCUCAGCUAACAAAGCUACUAGUACUAUUGGCCAACUGAUCCCGAACUCGCCAGCAGCGCGCUGCGGUCUGCUGCACGUGGGCGACACCAUCGUGGCCAUCAACCACGUGUCCAUCCGCAACCUGCCGCACCCCGAGGUGGUGGCCCUCAUCAAGCACUCCGGCACCAGCGUCACCCUCACCGUGCUGCCAGACCGCGCCCACUGACGCACGGCCCUCAGUCUGCCGCUCCGACAGACUUCUUGUCACAGGUAUUAAUCUACCACAACGCUAAACAAGUAAUACUUUAAAAACGUUAAAUACGUCGGCGGUAUUUCCGAACCGAUAAGGUGCUCCCACACAGCAGUUAUAUAACGUUAUACAACAUUGUGUAACAUUUAUAAUAGCAUGUAACAUACUCUACAACCACUGUUAUAAUUUGUUUAAACACAAAUGUUAUUGUUACAUAUUGUUGUAUAACGUUAUAUAACCGCCGUGUGGGAGCACCUAUACGACCUUCAAACCUUCAAGAAAAGAGUAUACUCAUUUUUAAAAGACCGACAACUUGUGUGACUCUUCUGGUGUUGCGGGUGUCCAUGGGCGGCGCUGAUCGCUGAUCUGGUGACACGUCUGCUCGUUUGCCACCUAUUCCAUAAAAAAAAAAACAUUUGUUUUUUGAUGAGCUCUAUUCCACCAAUCAAACCGUUUGAUAUCCAUAAUGGAGGUAAUUGUGGAAAAAUAUAGAUUAUAAUAUUGUAUAGUCAUCAAAAUUAAGAGUGUGUACCAAAUAUCAGAUCGAUCUGUCCCCAUGAAGGGGUAAAAUUCCAAAUACUAAAGUUGACUCAAACAAACAAUUAAAACAGUUUUAAAAUACGACGAUAGUGACGGUAUCACGAUCCAAGACAGUUAUUUACGUGUCUGAGUCUCACCGGACUCAUGUGUUCCGGUGUUUUCAUGGUUGUAUCUACUGUAGAUCCUGGUGCACAGAAGUUGCAACAGUUUUAGGAGGUUGUCCCAUUUGUAAUCUCAAGCAAAAAAUCUGUAUAGGUAAUCUCAGUAUAAAGUAGAAGGGAUAAAGACAGGAAUGAAACAACUAAUCUCAUCAAAUAAUAUAAUAAUCUUAAAUAUUAUAUAUAUACUUUUGACUCAUGUGAUUAACUCGAUAUUUUUCAUCAGUUUCCCAUGAUAGAACAGUUUAUCGUAAUGGAAGCGAAAUUAAUUAUUUUGUGACUAAAUUGAAAUCUAUAAUUUAACCAAAAACUAUUAAACAAAUUGUUCCAUUGAAUAAAACAAAAUAACUCGACUCACCAUUACUUAAUAAAUGUCCUAUUCGGUAAUUCUAGUAAUAUGAUGUAAAAUUGUUUGUAAUAAAUUCUAUACCUCCGUCGUUCUCGUAAUGAUAAUAUUUCAUGUUAUACGCUGCGUUCUGCGUGAGCGAUCUAGAAGCGAAGGCAAUGCUGUGCGGCGCGGUGCGAAAUCAACAAACUGUCCAAAUGUUUUGACGUGGUUUACGUGUCGAGUAGUGUCCUACAUAAGCAUGUAAAUUAUUUUGUUUUGGUACGUACAAAACGUAAUGGACAUAGCCGCUGCGUCAUACCGCAUCGCGUUGAAUUCGCGUGUCACCGCACCGCUUCGAUCGCUCACGCAGGACGUCGCGAUAGGAAUGUUACCUAUCUUCCUAAAUAAGGAAGAUUUUAGACAAAACAUUGCAUUAAUUUCAUGUUCUUUGAUAUUCUUAUUCUAUAAAAUAGACCGCAAAUUAACCCAAUGUCAAAUCAUGCCUGUCUUCAUGUUGGAAAUGUCUAGUUACAAUAUAAUGUUGAGCUCAACUGAGAAAUUGAAUCAUGUCAUCUUAUUAUAUAAUAUAAUAAAAUUAAGACAGUAAGAAGAAAUAAAACGCUCAUUAUUUCUUAUGAAAUACACCCAGUCUUAUUAUUAAGUGAGGAAAUAAAGUUUGAGUCAGUACAGAUACAGUAACUAUCGUUAUAUUAAAUUAUAAUACUUUAUAUCAAAGCCAAAUCUUAUAUAAACUUUGAUUGGCUCAGUAGCCAACUUAUACUAACUCCUGUACUGAAUCAGCCUUUAUUUUCUUGCCUGUAUAGCAAUUUGGCUGAUUGAACUAUUGACGAAUAUACAAGUUAUAUGAAAUAUCACAAUAUAAUGAAAUACGCAGAAAGCUCUGCACAGAGAGUAGUGAAAGGAGGAUAGGGAGGCAUUUGCCCUGCAGUGGGCCAAAAAUAAAUAAAUAAAAUGAAAUACGCAUUACAUGCAAGAAAUUCGCCUUUAGUAGCGAAUAAUAUAUACUUUAAACACAUGGUAACCAUGAAAAGUAUAGCUUUAAUAAUGAAUAUCUAAAUUAGGAUUACAUAGUUAUAAAUAUUAGGAAUAAUUAAUUAAUUAUAUACAUAUUUCAAUCUUUCUAUUCUAUCUUAAUAUUUUGCAAUAUACGGUAAAUAAAUGCAUUUUUUCAAAUAGAGAGAAAACCUUGUAUUAUAUAUGCUUAUGUAUAAAAUCGGUUAAAAUAAAAAUCUGAAACAUCCUCAUAAACACAUAGUAUUCAUAGAAUUAUGUAAAUACUGAGAUCUAAUAUAACGCCAUUUCAUUUACCGAAAGUGUAAGCAAACAGCGGCAGCUAUUGAAACUCCUUGCUCAAUCAAUAAAUUCCAAGAAUUGUCAUAAUAAUUAUGUAUUCUUUUUACAUAAAUCGUAGAGUACAGCUAUUGCUAUUUUUGUAUUAUAACUUUCGUGAGACAUAAUUAAUUAUGUUUAAUCGAUUGUUUACGUAACUAUUGGCGAGUUAACUCGGAUUAGCAAUGUUGCCCCUAGCGUGGCUGGAAACUAGUCGAGUUACCUCGCCAAACAGUUAAACACAAUUUCCAUAAUUGUUGGUAAUUUUGAAAAAUAUAGUGUUAAAUCUUGCCAACCUCAAAAGGUUUCCAAAAAAAAAGGAAAUUCGCAUAGACUACUGACGUUUUCAUUGUGAUACGUGACACGAUGAUUGAUUAUUUUCCAUCAUUAUCAUGCACGGUGACUAUGUUACGUAGACAAUCGAGAGAAACACGCUUAAUUAUGAGCUCCGUUGUAACUUGAAACUGAUCGGGUACACGAUUUUAAAAGUAACACGAAAUAUUUCUCAGUAAAUCAUUUCACACACACGCUCAGUAUUUAAUAAAGUAUUUUGCUCUUUUCUAUUUUAUUAGAUUAGAUAAAUAGUCUAAUUAAAUAAACAAUUAUGCUCAUAAAACCCAGAAUCUUCCUAACAAAUCUGUUGUGAAUCUCUUUAAUAUUAUGUAAAUAGUACUUUGUUAAUAAGCUAUGUUUAAAGUCUAAAACUUAGUCAUAAUUUCAGGCAGUUAUUUCGAUUUUAAGACUAAAUUAGGCAGUUUUUAUAAUUUUGGGAGUACAUUGUAUGGUAGGUAAAGCCGAGAGUUAUGAUAUUGUCUUUAAUAAUUAAAUCAUGAGAUUUUUAUAUAAGGUAUUUAAGGUAGGUACUUUGCAAUAUUUUAUGAUAAAAACUAGAUGGGGUAAAAACUAAAAGUAUUGUCCCUCUUGUAAUAACUAUCGUGAGACAUACUAAAUUAACUAAAAAUCACGGUUUACUCACGUACAUUAAUGGAGAAAAGAUCUAAGCUCGCGAUGUCACAUAGCCUACUGAAUAGGCUGCACGAUGUCGCCGCAUCUGCGCACGCUUCUCAUGAUGUAGAGUGCCUCUGUGACUCAAAACUAGUAGAGUUUAUUCUUCAUUAUACGUGAGUAAACCGUGAUUUUUAGUUAAUUUUGUAUUGUCUCUCGCUGUUAAUUCAUACACAAUAAAUAUCCUUCCAUUAACAGGGCAUAAACAAUUGUUGAAAAUGUUAUUUGACACACUGAAAGUCUAUUUUCACAGAAUUUAUCUAUUUACAUAUAUAAAAUACUAAAAUGAACGAUACCCUUCCAUUUGAAAUGCAAUAAAUCCAAGUUAUAUUUAAGAGUUAUUAACUAAAAAUAUAAAAUAAUAAUAGGGAUGAUGACGGGGUAUGAAAAUUAAAAAUCUAUUUAGUCCAUCAGUUAUUUAAUGAAAAAAUAUUAGAUACUUAUUUUUUUAUUUGUCGUAUAAGAAAAACGAAGUUUAGAAGUGGGAGCAAAUACGUCAUUAAUACAUAUAAAACGUACCUAUAAUUGACUCCACGUGUUAUUUCUAAUCAAUAUAUCGUCUAAAGUAUUUGGUUCCGUAACAAAAUAAAAAAUACGUUUCUAAUGUUUUAAAAAUAAUCUACAAGACGGACAUUAAAAUAAAAAAUGAGUCAUCUACCCUAUUAAUUAUAAAUAUAAAUUACCCAUUUAGCUUCUAGAUAAUUAUGGUGACUGAUUAUAAAAUUAUUUUACUAUAACACUGAUUAGGGAUUGUAUUUAUAUCAGUAAUAUUAAAUUUGGACCACCGAGUUUGGGAAAUUACCUAUAGAAAUAAGUCUCAUAAUAUUAUGUACCGAUAUGGUAGCCAAUUCUUUAAGAGUUAUCAAUUUAAUGCCGAUUAUUAUAUUGACUUAGUUAUUGAUUAUAAUUUCUUUGUAUAGUAUAGUUUUAUAUGUGUUUAGUGUGUAGAUAUUAUAAAUUGUAUCCAUUGUCGUCCAUUGUGUCUUCUGAAAACAUAUAUUUAACUUUCCAAACAUAUUAUGUAAAACUAUCUAUAUGUACUUAUGUUAUAAAAAAGGAAGCAAAACUAAAUAGCUAGAAUCCCUUUAACUACCGCACUUAAAGUCAUUUAAUGAUUACUUAAACUAUUCCUUAGUAACCAUUUUGUUCCGAUUGUUGUUAAGUACUGGGUUAAGUAACCAUUAUAUGACUCUGAGACGGAGGUAAAUAUGCAUUUCAAUUUAUUAAAAUAAUUGUCAAAAAUACCUUUAUUUUUCUAUCCAUAUCUGGCUUUAAAAUCGUCUAAAGCUCUCAAAUUGUUUCACAAACAUAUUAUUGUAUCUAAUUAAACCCGUAUUGUAGUGUAAUUAGUUGUAAGAAGUUGCAAUAAUCGAUGUGCCUUGUGUGUAAACAAUGUCUUGCCUUAUCCAAGAUUGUAAAAAAAUGAAUAAAAAAAAUAAAAUAUUUGUAUAAAAGUAUAUCCAAAGAAGGCUCCAUUCCGUUCAUCUGAUCUGUAGAUCCGAAUGUAUAACGAUAGUUUAAGAGAGAUUUACUCAAUAAAUAUUUUUAUUUAA